AUGUCGAAGAAACGCGUCGACAUAAUCGAUAUCAGCGACGACGACGACGAUGCAGUCAAGACCGUCGAGAAGCCCGCCUCGGACGCGGACGACGGCAUAGAGGUGCAAGAAGGCCGACCGGAGACAGAACAGGAAUUUCGACGCAGGCUCCUGGAACCCGUCAUCAGCAAUGUCGUCGACGCGCUCGGCGGUUUCGAGGGCAAGACCUAUCGGAUGGGAGACGAGGUGAACGGAUGCUUAAAGGACCUGAAACGACUUUGGCGCAAAGACGACACCGACGACGAGCGCACGGUCGCGCGCAUCUACUGGGAGAAGCGCCUGCUGCACAACGACCUCAUACCCAUUCUGCUCGCGACCGCCGGCAAGGGCAUGGUCGAAGACAAGCGUGCCGUGGCGUGCGCGGACCUGAUGACGGCAAUGACCUGGCCGAUCGACAUGGCGGAGGAGCUGAAGGAGCUGGACGACGAGCUCGAUCGAGGCGCGGACUACACUGUCCUCCAGCAGAGCCACCUUCACUACAAAGCUGCUCUCCUCAAGCCCGACGUCAUGAAGGCGCUGCUCAGCAUCAUGAUCCCCCCUCUCGCUAAGCCUGUGAAGGAGCGCACGGAGCGCGACAAGCAGGUCAUGACCGUCGUUCUGAACCUCAUCCGCAACCUGGCCUUCAUCAAGGACCUUCCUGCCAACAUCUACCAUAGCUCUGACCAGGCCGAAUUCUCUUCCCUCCAGUCAAAGCUCAUCCGCGCCUUGUCCGAGACUCAUGCUAUGGAACUCUUGCUUACCAUCGCCGUGAACGACAACAAUGAUCCGCUCUUCAACCAGUGGAACACUCUCGUUCUCGAGAUCUUCUACUUGCUCUACCGAGGCGUCAAGCCGUCGUCGCUGGCUAUGGACCAAACGAAGCAAACAUCUAAGAACCUCCACCGCCUCCUCGAAACCGAGCGAAAGAUCAGACAAGACGUCUCUCGCAAAGCCUCCUCUCGCCACUCGCGCUUCGGCACCACCAUCACCGUCAAGCUCAACCCCAAGAAGGCAGCACCAGCCGCCGACGGCGAAGAGGGCUCGUCAUCCAAGAAACCUGCCGGGUCUUCCCACUUCGUCCUCCACCAACAGCAGGCAUUGCAUAAGAAUGCCUCAUCCAUCCUCGACAUGAAGAAGAAGGCGAAGAAGAAGGGGAUGACGGUCGACGAGCUCGCGAGGGAGGAGAAUCUGAGCGUCGAGGCGCGCAAUAUCCUGCAGAAGUUCGCGGCGGAGUUUGUCGAGAACUGCUUCAAUCCUUUCCUCUCCACGCUGAUCAAGGACAUCCGGAUGGAGCGGCCCAAGAUCACUGAGAAGGACAAUCUGCUCCUACUGUACGUUGCCAAGUGGUUCAUCGAGUUCUUCCUGCUCUCCCGGGCGAAGGAGAAGACGAGCACGACCGCAAAGGCCGGCGACGAGCGAUGGAACUUCAGGCUCAUUGCCGAGAUCACGGAGCGCGACUGGAUCGUUUGGGUUCUCAAGCGUAUGCGGCAAGCGUCUGAAGACAAGCCCAAGCAAUGGACCGAGCUCCAGGCGGGCAUCGAGUGCCUCACUCAACUCCUACUCGUCAUCGACGGCCUCUGCUCCUCUGCGGACACGGCGUACACCGAAACCGCCGAGACGCUGCAGCAACAGAUCAUCUACAAUGGCGAGAUCCUCGACAUCGCGUUUGAGAGCAUGCGGAACUACAAGCAGGGCACGCAGUCGUUGACCUACCUUGAUGCGAGCGUGCAUCUGGGCUAUUCUCUGCUGAAGAUGCUCGAGCGCUGGGGGAAGCAGUCGGGUGGGAAGGAUGUGUAUGUGCGCAAGAAGAAGAAGGUGCGGAGAAGGAAGAAGCGAGCGGUUAACACUGAAGAGGACGGCAUCGCCGACGUUGAGGAAGAGGAGGUGGAAGUGUCUGACAAUGACACUAUUCAGGAGGCCAUCUUCACCUUUGAGGCGUUUGAGAUGAGAUUAGCGCACGCGGAGAUCACCCAUACACUUCUGACCUACCUAUCGCGAUACAAGGAGUUCACUUCGUCAGAGCAAAUGAAGCGUGUCACGAACCUCCUGCACCGGCAAGCCGUACGCGUGAAGGCCGAGGGCCUCUUCUUCAAGGUCUCCACCCUCAGCCUCUUCCAGCGCAUCCUCAAUGACCAGCGCUCUUUGCCACGCGAGCAACCCUACAAGGACCUCGUGAACCUCAUCAACUUCAUCCUACGCCAGUUCUUCAAGGCUCUGAGCGAGAAUACAUUCCUUGCGGUUGAGGCCUUCUUCCCCAAGAACCGCAGUCAAUGGAAGCAGUACUCAAGCUAUCAGGAGCCGGAGCGGAAGGGUCGUGCACAGGCGUCGGUUGUGGAGACCCGCUGGCCGCCGGACGUGGUCGUGCAGAAGGGCUUUUCAUGGAGCGAGGAGCUGGGGAUUGCUGUUGGCGCGUUGCUCGAGGAAGGGCAUAAGGAUCUUGUGGAGUGGACGGUGGAGAUCCUCGGUCUCGCUAUCGCUACUUGGCGUGGUAUCAUCGCCAAGGUUGACGGAUCCAAGAAACCGGAGGGCGAAGACGAUGAUGAUAACGAUGCUCCCGAGCCGUUACCUCUCGAGCAUCAACCUUCCGCGGAGGCCAUGGAGGAGAUGGGCGAUUUCCCUAUUCCUACCUUGGACGAUGAGAAGGCUCAGGCGGCGACGAAGAAUCCGCACCUGAAGCUGCUCUUCCGCCUAUGCAAGUUCUUUGUACUGGAAGAAGAUCCUUCCGGUGACGAGCUCGAGUGGUAUAUUCCGAAGACAAUCAUGCCUGCCGAGCUCGCUCGAUUUGAGACAGUCAUCAAGCAGUUCCUCGAGCAGCCCUACGAACCCGAGGACGGCAAGAAGGCCACUGACUUCAUCUCCAAGAAGCGCCGGCCGCGUCGCAAACUGCGCUCACCCUCGCCACUCAGCGAAGCCGACGGCGACGCGGACUACCAAGGCGAGGGCGGUGGCACCGGCGAGAAGAAGGAACGCCGCAAGCGCAAGAAGCGGGACAAGGGCAAGUCCAAGGAGGGCGAGGAUCAGGACAAAGCUGAACGGCGCGAGCGCAAGCGCGCGGAGAAGCGCAAGCGGGAGCAGGAGCAGUACAAGUCCGCGCAGUUCAUCGAGGACAGCGAUCUCGAGGAGGGCGCGCUCGAGGCCUUCCUCGAGCACGAGAAGGAGCUGAGGAAGAGGACGGAAGCGAGGGCGGUGAACUCGAACUUGGGGAUCGGGACCAUGCGCGCGACGGGGACGAAGAAGCGGAGAAGGAGGGGGGAGAAGGGGGAGCGGGCGACGAAGAAGCGGAAGGGCGCGGCGGAUGAGGAGAUUGUGAAUGUUGACGAGGAACAGGUGGCGGUGGAUUUGUCUGACAGCGACAAGUCGGACGACAACCAGUCUGACGCGGAGGAUGAUUUUGAGGAGAGUCCUGCACCGGCGCCGCCACCGCGGCCACGGCCCAAGCCUCGUCCGAAGCCCACUCGAAAGGCGGCGACGCCAGCUGUGACCGAUGGGGAGGGCUCUGAUGUUGCUGGCACCACUACCAACGUCGCCGAGCCUAACGGCAGCGAGUCGGACACCGUCAUAAAGCGCGCACCUCGCAGGGUACAAGCUAUCGUCUCUGACGAGGACGAGUAA